GGCCAAACAAUCCGUCCCUUCUUCUUUUUCCGGAAAUCAAAUAGAAAUUCCGAAAUCGAAAUGGAUGUUAGAGCAACCCUAUUUAGUUAGUCUAUUUUUAUCAUUUUUAAAAUUUGAAUGACAAAUUUCUUAAAUGUGAUUUAUUAAAACCACUUUGACAAGUGAGAGUAAUCCAAGUAGACCACUUCUCACAUUUAAGAUCAUACUCAUGUGGAAGAUUUCGGGUUCAAGUUAUCGAAAAAGUGAAUUUAAAAUGCUUUUCUCACGAAUAACAACAUAUCUGUACUGCUAGGGGCAAGAAACCCUAGCUGCGAUGGCUUGACGGCACGUCGGAUCGGCGAGGAUCGAUGAAAGAGAUGAUGCCAGUUGCCGUUUCAGGGAGCGUGGGCUUGUUUCUUUCAGUGGUUAGUUUGCUUUAAACUUUGCUUUAACGUUUUUGUUCGAAAGGCGUUUGUCCUGCGAUGUUUUUCCGUCUCGGUUUGGCCGAGACUGUGUCACGAUGGCUACUACGGCGUUAUUCUUUCAGCGUUAUUUUUCUACUCCGAUUUGGGUACUUUGCAGUGUGUUUUCGUUGCUUAAGGAUUGCAAUACAGGUUGUCUUUGAUUUUCUUCGACAUUUUGAAUUGUGAUACGAUGUAUAUGAUCUCGAAAAAUGUCAAUAUGCUAUCAACCGGUAAGGAAGAAAACAGGGGCUGAUGCUUGCGGUUGACCCGACCAAGAACUUGGCGGGACAAAGGAGAGUUUUAAUCUAGCGGUGGCGGCCAAAGUGGUGUCUGACAAACCCGUUUGUGCUGUUUCUUUUUGCCAAACAAUGGCUAUGCUUUGGCGUCCAGUUAAGGGGGUCUCUAUUGAUGAAAUUGAGGACUCAAAAUUCUUGUUACAGUUUUAUCAUGAGGGAGAUCUGAACAGAGUUGUUGAUGAAGGGCCGUGGUCCUUUGAGUAGAAUCUGGUGGUCAUCAAACGGCUGGGACAUAAUGAUAAGCCUUUGGAGGUUACACUGGACCAUACAGACUUUUGGGUCCAGGUACAUGAUUUGCCGCUAAGUUACAUGGCGGCAAGGGCAACACGUGGCAUAGCUAAUAGCAUCAUAUCAUUUGUGCAAUUGGAUGAGAGCUCUCUUGGUGGGAAGCAAGGAUUGUUUAUGCGCAUAAGGGUUACUCUGAACAUUACCAUGGCCUUGACUCGUCGUCUUGAGGUUAGACAGGAGGGGGACAGCGGGAUUCAGGCAAAGUUUCGCUAUGAAAGACUCCCGAACUUUUGUUUCUUGUGCGGGAUUCUUGGUCACGCUGACGGUUUUGUCCCUCAUAGUGGUAUAGGGACCGGGGAGAAACCAUAUGGGCCUUGGUUACGGGUUGAUAUGAGGCGGGGAGGAGUGCACCCAGGAAACAGGUGGCUUAUUCCUAGUAAUAACAAAUCGGGUUACAAGCAGAAGGAAAAAGCAGAAUCUGAUCAAGGGACAAAGGAUCAGGAAAGCUACUUGGCGGAAGGACUCUUGUCUAAGGGUAAGGAGAUCACUGCAAAUGGGGAUGCUCCAAGAAAGCGCAGGAUCACCGAGAAGGACAACGAGGCGGGGGCACAUGCGAGCAUGGAGGUUGAUGAAGAAUCUUCAAAAAACUUGGAAGUGGCGGUGCUGCCCGGACAGCACCGCCAGUAACAGAAGAAUGCGAGGAUAAGAAAGGACGUACCUUUAGCGGAGGCUGGUCAAACCGCUACUCCCUUGCCAGUGGCUGGACAAACUGGAUUAUGUUCCCUUUCUGUUUUUUCAUUAGUUCAGAACUCUGUUUUAUUUUUUCGUGCCCCUUUUAGUAGCAGGUACAACAUUGCUGUGUAUGGAGUCUAAGAAUUUGCGGGGUUAGCGAGUUGGUCCGCUAGUAAGCGCGAAUCCAGCUCUAAGUCUCAUCCCAGUGUAGCCUUUGUUAUGACGAUUUUGUAUCCGGUCCUCAGUUUUAUUAAUAAUUAAGUUAUUUGUUUCAAAAAAAA